UAUUACCAUGAACGAUAGGCUCACUUGUCUUGUCAGUCAUACGGUAGAAGACGAUGGAUGUUGAUUUUUAAUUACUUUUUUCAAGCAACUUUAAGUGAGAGGCAAUCUACAAAUCUUUGUUUAUGGAGUUUUGUGAAAUUACGUUUAAAACCUUAACGUGUUGCAAGACGCUAGUACAAUGAAAUACAUUUUACGAAAAACAUGGAUUAUAAGUAUAAUUUGCCUUGUACUCAUAGAUCACGCCGAAGGUCUAAAUCAGGGGGAGCUUGAUGAGUUAGCGUCCAGUCUACAGAUUCAUGUCAAGGUCCUAGACAAUCUGAGAAACGAUGGGAACAGGCAUAUCGUGCAAACAACUCUAAAAAAUGUCGGACAAUCACCGAUUCCUGAUGUAGGAUGGACGCUAUAUUUCCACAGCAUGUUGAUGGCGUUUCCUGACAGUUUUCAACAUGAAAAUAAUAAAACAGUUGACAUGAACAUUGAAAACGUUCAGUUUGGAGUCGUACAAGGAGAUUUGUAUUAUAUGAAGCCAAUCCCGGGCUUUGCUCCGAUUUCACCGGGUAAAAAAAGGGUGUAUAAUGUGGUCGUUCAGUAUUGGGCGGUUGCAAAGACCGAUUUUAUGCCAUUGUGGUAUGUUUCAUCUGACACUGAGAGUGUCAAACCACGUGUUGUUCAAUCAACAUUGUCUUUUGAUCUUGAUUAUGUUGAGGAUUUCGGUGACAUAAGGCAAUGGAAACGCAAAAGGGAAGACCGGUAUAACCCAUACAGCCCGCAAGAUCGUUGGUCGAAGUUCCGAUUUGUAGGGAGCCGAGAGGAAUCGGUUGUCAUACCAAGCCCUAAGAACAUAGAACGUCAGGAAGAUGGACCACUUAUUGUGUUUGAUUAUUCGUGGAAAGUGUUUGAUGUUGAUGGAGCUUUCAUCGAAAUUGCUAAAUAUAUGAAAGAAAUCUUCAAAGUCGAUUCCUCAGUAAGUGAUGGUCCAAUGUUAAUUAAGCUUAUAAAAAACAUCACACUGCCUGGACAAGCAUAUUUAUUGCAGAUUGAAGCUGAACACAAAACUAUUGUUUUACAAAGCAGUACACCUCAAGGCAUGUUCUAUGCUGUACAGUCCUUACGAGCCAUAAUCGAUGACACGAAUCGAGUCUACAUUCCUUCAAUGACAAUUGAGGACGCCCCACGAUACGAGUGGCGAGGUAUGCACUUAGAUGUGGCAAGAAACUUUCACACUCUUCAAGACGUGAAAAGACUUAUUCAAGCCAUGUCCAUGUACAAAAUGAAUCUACUUCAUCUACAUCUCACAGAUGAUGAGGGAUGGAGAAUAGAAAUUCCUGGCCUUCCAGAACUUACUAAGAUUGGAAGUCGUCGAUGUCACGAUUUGAAUGAAACACAAUGCAUUAUACCACAAUUUGGAUCAGGUCCAUUUGCCAAUUCCUCUGGUACAGGUUAUUACACGACGGCGGAAUACAAGGACUUGCUUAGAUUUGCUAAAAAACACUUUAUAACGGUUGUUCCUGAGUUCGAUACACCUGGACACUGUCAUGCAGCUGUUGUUUCCAUGGAAUAUAGAUACAAUAAAUUCAAAAUGAAUGGAGACGAAACUUCUGCAAAGGAAUACCGUCUGGUUGAUCCAGAUGAUGUAUCAUUUUAUAGAUCAGUUCAAAACUGGCGAGACAACGCUAUCAAUCCAUGUAUUGAUUCUACAUAUAAGUUCAUAGAGAAGAUAAUUGAUGAGAUAAAAAACAUGCACAAGGACAUACAACCACUAGAAAUAUACCAUUUUGGCGGGGAUGAAGUUGCAAAGGAAGCAUGGAAACACUCGCCUUUGUGUCAGAAGUUUUUAACAAUCAACCCGAAAUAUAAUGUUACACAUGGUUUGAAGAAAUAUUUUGUUACGCGGGUUGCUGAAAUAGCAGCUGCAAAAAAGGUUAAACUUAGCGGAUGGGACGAUGGGUUCCUAAAUGGACAAUCCAGUCCAGAACCUAUUCCGAUCAGUGAAUUUUCCAACGCUGAGUUGUUUGUCAAUACGUGGAACAAUAUCUGGGAAUGGGGUGGUGGAAGCAAUGCAUACAAAUUUGCCAAUGCUGGAUUUAAGGUUAUUCUCACCCAAGCAACUAAUUUGUACUUUGACCAUCCACAAGAGCCGGAUCCAGAAGAGAGGGGACUUUACUGGGCGACCCGAUUUACAGAUACUAAAAAAGUGUUUCGGUUUAUGCCCGAGUCCUUGUAUGAUAACAUUUUUGAAGAUAGAUCAGGGGGACCUUUAUCAAAACUUGAAAUAUGUGGAGAGGACAUGUCUAAAUGCACCCUUCUGAAGAAACCAGAAAAUGUUAUUGGAAUGCAAGGUGCAUUGUGGAGUGAGACUGUAAGAACAAGUCAGAACAUGGAUUAUAUGAUAUAUCCUCGACUUCUUGCGUUAGCUGAAAGGUCCUGGCAUAAGGCCUCUUUCGAAGAUCAAAGUGACAAUAUUGAAGUUUUUGAAAACGAAUGGAUAACAUUUUCGAAGGCGCUUGGAAUGAGAGAAUUCAAACGUCUUGACGAUCUUGGCAUAUCAUUUCGUGUUCCACCUCCUGGUGCAAGGCUAUUGGAAAAUGGAGAAAUGCAAGUCUCAACAACAUAUCCUGGACUCGGAGUAGAAGUGAGCAAAGACAACGGCACUUCCUGGCAACAAGUGCCUGAAGAGAUAGUCAACAAUCCUAAUCGCUCCACAGUGGUUAAAUCUGAAGGCGAUUGGCAUUCUGUUAAACUGAGAACCACAUUUAGGAAUGGUGAUAAAACGAGGUAUAGCCGUUCAAUAACGCUCAAUAAAGAAGUAGCUCGUCCGGUGGUUGAACAAUACAUGUUGAAUUACAUCGCUGAAAACCUUCUUAUCCAUGUUGAAGUCGUUGAUAACCUUAACAAAGACGACGAUAACUAUAUGAGGAUUAAGCUAGAGCUGACCAACAACGGAUCUAUGAACAUACCGUCUGGUGCUUGGAGAAUUUACUUUUACAGUCUUUACGGUGCAAAAGCCAGCAAGUUGAGCUGUGGCCUUUCUAUAGGACAUGUUAACGGUGGUCUGUUCUACAUCGAACCAACACCUGGUUCCUUCCCGGGAAUUCCUGCCAUGCAAAGUCUUAAUCCGUGCAUAUACAAUAACAAGUGGUGGAUGGUCAGCCGAACGGACAAUAUGCCAAACUGGUUUGUGACUGCUCCUGGUAUGAAAGCAAUGAAACUCAAAGCAACGAAGAGCGAGACUUUGAGCUAUGUGGGCAAAUUUGACACCGCGGCAAAAUGGAAAAGAACACGGGAAGACAGGUUUGAUCCCUAUACGGCUCCAGAGAGAUAUGAUAUUCUUCGCAGAGACCCUUCAUCUAAACCAGUAUAUCGGGUUGUACCAACUCCAAUGAAGUCAUCAUUUUCCGAACACGAAACCACUCACAUUGAUAAUUUAUUCGUAGUUGUAGAAUCACAGGAAUUUAAAAGAGAAAGUCAGUUUCUAGCAGGGAUGCUUGAAGUAAACAUUGUAGCAACUGCACAGGAUUCGUCAAAACAAAUCAAAUUCGAAAUGAAGCAGAAUAUAGGCGGAAGUGACGCAUACGAGAUAAACAUCAGUCCAGAGACACACACUGUCGUCAUACAGGCCCAAGAAGCCUCCGGGGCAUUUUAUGGGGCACAGACCUUGCUAUCGCUUGUGGAAGACAAUGAUAGACAGAUUCCUAAAGCUACUAUCAAAGACGCGCCGAGGUUUGGAUAUCGUGGUGUUAUGUUAGAUGUGGCACGCAAUUUUAAACCGAAGAAUUGGAUAUUGAAGUUUAUCGAUGUGAUGGCCACGUAUAAACUGAACAAGCUUCACCUUCAUCUGAGCGACGACGAAGCCUGGAGGAUAGAAAUACCCGGUAUACCUGAAUUGACGGAGAUUGCAAGCAAACGAUGCCACAGCGAAUACGACGAUGAAUGUGUUGUGCCCCAGCUAGGCUCAGGGCCUGAUACGGAUACAUUAGGGUCGGGCUUUUACACCGUCGACGAUUACAGAGAGAUUCUCGAUUACGCUAUGUCCAGGCACAUAGAAGUUAUACCAGAGAUCGACAUGCCGGGACACUCAGCUGCAGCAAUCACUGUGAUGGAAAAGAGAGAGGAUGAUAUUGACUUCAUGGAGAGUCACGCAUAUGGGCCAUUACCGCAGUCGUGGCUGCUUUAUGACCACAAGUUUAACUCAAGUGUUUACAGUGUGCAAAAAUGGUUAAAGAACGCGAUGAAUCCAUGCAUGAACUCUACGUACAGAUUCGUAGAGCGGGUAGUGAACGGCCUGAAAGAAAUUCAUAGGCCUGUUCAACCAUUGCGCAUAUUUCACAUGGGCGGAGACGAGGUGGCACGUGGAUCCUGGGAUGAAUCCAGAGAGUGCUUCGAUAACGUGGACCUUCGCGGCAAGGACACGGUGGCGUUGCAGCGGGUGUUUAUGAACCGUGUGGCAAGGAUUAUAUCAGACAAGGGCCUGAAUCUCGGUGUCUGGGAAGACGGCGUUUAUGCUGAUGACAAACCAAACCCAAUAACAGACUUCAAGUCAGAUGUGUUUGUGUAUCCAUGGAACAACAGAUGGGGUACGAACAAAGCCAAAAGAUCAUCAGAGUUCGCUGAUGCUGGAUACAAGGUGAUUCUACCUCUGGCCACCCAUCUCUACUUUGACAUGCCACAAGAGCCCGACCCGGAGAGUCGCGGACAUUACUGGGCGACCCGCUUCAUCGACGCCCACAAAGUAUUUGGGCUCAUGCCGGAUAACAUAUUUGCUAACGUGGAUGUGGACCGGAUGGGAAAUUCUGUGUCCUUGGAAGACUUGUGUGGAAAUGCUGCUUGUCCUCAGCCGAAUAAGACGGAAAAUAUCAUCGGUCUGCAGGCAUGCAUGUGGGCGGAAGUGAUGCGUACAGAGGAGCAGUUUCAUAACAUGGCCUUCCCUCGUCUUCUCGCCCUUGCCGAGCGCGCAUGGCACCGUGCAAACUGGGAGGAAAUAGAAGAUUGGAGCGCGCGGGACGCAUACCGGAAUUCCGACUGGGAGGCGUUCGCGGAUGUCCUCGGCUACAAGGAACUUCCUCGGCUUGAGAAGAAACAGGUUCUUUACCUCGUUGAGCCACCGGGAGCUAGGGUUGAAGGCAACGUACUGAUGACAAACACGCGGUACCCUAACCACUUGGUAGAAAUAAGCAUGGACGGAGGUGAGACGUGGAACGAAUUCCAAAAACAAAGCCUGGCUAACGGGGAACAUACAUUCCACUUUAGAACGAAGUCGCCGGUGCUAGGCCGCGUGAGUCGCCCUAUUGAGCUGAUAGCCGUAGUUGAGGGUGACGGUCGGGCGGGUUCCGCUGUAUCGUCUUCUCCCACGUAUCUCACCAUACUAGUUACAUUUUUCUCUUUUGUUUGCAUGAUUUGGCGUGUUUUGUAAAAUAAGUUUUGUUUGAAGGUGUUUUGAAACCUCAGGAUGCAAGUUGAAAUAUUCAAACGUGUGUGCAUGUAUGUCUAAUCUGUAAAAGUUUGCACACGACUGCUGUAUAAUUUAUGAUAUAUUUUUUUUGCGUGUUUGACUAGACUUAUGGCAUAUCAUGGUUGGGCUGACAAAAAUAUCAUAUGAUCAAGUAUCCUGAUUGCUUUUUUAUGAUAAUGACAUUACAUAAAAUUUAUGCAAUAAAACAACUUAAACCAAUGAUUUUGACAUGGUCAUACAGCAAUUAAAACAUGUCUAACUUAGGCAUGUUUUGGUUCCCUUCAGGAUCCUUUAAAAAGAUUUAAUAUAUUCCAAAAACAAAAAUCUUAUAUUAUUAUUUUUGUAUUUAUUGACGAAUUUAAUUAAAACUUUAAGAGAUUCAAUAAGUAAGCUAUCGAAAUAUAACUUCUGAUUAAAAGUAUGAUGAUGGAUUUCAUUGACUAGGAAUUAAUGACGUCACGCUUGCAAACAUAUAGAAUGAUGUCAGAAUCGUUCAAAGACGGUAACGACGUCUUCUGACUAAAACGUUGGGUUUUAAGUGAAUAUCCCUACCAAUUUUCACUAUGUGUUGUUGUUUUUUCCCAAACUAAUUGACAGUUACUAUAUGAGUUUUCACAGAGACCGGAUAUAAUAUUGGGUGUAUAAAUAUGUUUGUUGUAAGUGAUUGAUAUGGCUUACAUGUAUUCUGUGUUUUAUCUGUACGAGUGAAAUCGUGGUUCGUGUGAGCAUUUAAUGCAGUCACAUAAUUAAAAUUAAGAAAAUUCGAGUGUUUGCAUGUACAAAAACAUAACCAUUAUUAUUCAUUUUAGUAAUAAGUAUGUACCUAUACCCGUGUGGCAUUUACAUAGUGAACACAUACAACUGAUGUGUUACGCAUAAACUAAAACAGAUUUGUAAAAUUAUAAAAAAUAAAGUUUUAAAAA